CAAGAAAAGUCUUUUGCACCUUACGACUUGCAUCAGCUACCAAAGGCCUGUACUUCGAACGCCUUUUCUCAAAAUCACUAGAAAUUGAAAAUGUGGUCUACUUUAAACACUUCUCGAAGAUCUCUCAAGCAUCUUGCCAGGGUUGCCCGUCAUGUGGCUUCGCUGAGAUCGUUUGGGUCUGUCAGCAAUCAGAGAAUUAUUACCGAAGAUAUCCUGUCAAAAAAUGGAUUCUGUAAAAGUCGACCUUACAGCUCUGAAGCUGUGCGAGGUGCAGUUUGUGGUAUUGAUCUUGGAACAACAAACUCCUGUGUGGCUGUGAUGGAAGGAAAGACACCCAAAGUGCUUGAAAAUGCAGAGGGAUCCCGAACCACACCCUCAGUUGUAGCCUUUACCAAGGAAGGAGAGAGACUUGUUGGUACCCCUGCUAAGAGACAGGCGGUUACAAACCCAGAAAAUACAUUGUAUGCCACCAAAAGGUACAUUGGUCGCAGAUAUGAUGAUCCUGAGAUCAAGAAAGAUGCACAAAGUGUGUCAUUCAAAAUAGUCAAAGCCUCAAAUGGGGAUGCAUGGUUUGAAGCCAAUGGCCAGAUGUAUUCACCAAGUCAGGUUGGAGCUUUUGUACUCAUGAAAAUGAAAGAGACAGCUGACAGUUACUUAGGUACAACAGUCAAGAAUGCUGUGGUCACUGUGCCUGCCUACUUCAAUGACUCUCAAAGACAGGCUACAAAAGAUGCUGGCCAGAUAGCUGGAUUGAAUGUUCUGAGGGUGAUUAAUGAACCCACAGCAGCUGCAUUGGCUUAUGGCAUGGACAAAUCUGAAGACAAAAUAAUUGCAGUGUAUGACCUUGGUGGUGGUACCUUUGAUAUCUCCAUCUUAGAAAUACAGAAAGGAGUUUUUGAGGUUAAAGCCACAAAUGGUGACACAUAUCUUGGCGGAGAAGACUUUGACAACAAACUGCUUCAGCAUUUCAUUACAGAAUUCAAAAGAGAGAGUGGAGUUGACUUGUCCAAGGAUAACAUGGCUUUACAGAGACUAAGAGAAGCAGCAGAGAAAGCUAAAAUUGAACUGUCAUCAUCAGUCCAAACAGACAUUAACUUACCUUACAUCACAGUGGAUUCUAGUGGACCUAAACACUUAGCUAUGAAGUUGACACGUGCAAAGUUUGAGUCUCUUGUCAGUGACCUGAUCCAGAGGACUGUGGAACCCUGCAAGAAAUGCCUGAAAGAUGCUGAUAUUAGUAAAAGUGACAUUGGUGACAUUUUGUUGGUUGGUGGAAUGACAAGAAUGCCCAAGGUUCAAUCUACUGUUCAAGAGAUUUUUGGUCGUCCCCCUAGCAAAGCUGUGAAUCCAGAUGAAGCUGUAGCUGUAGGUGCAGCCAUCCAAGGAGGUGUGUUGUCUGGUGAUGUUAAGGAUGUGCUCUUGUUAGAUGUGACACCACUGUCAUUGGGAAUUGAAACUCUUGGUGGAGUCUUCACGAAGCUGAUACCCAGAAAUACAACAAUUCCAACAAAGAAAAGUCAGGUGUUUUCCACAGCAGCUGAUGGCCAAACUCAGGUGGAAAUCAAAGUACACCAAGGAGAGCGUGAAAUGGCUGCUGAUAAUAAGCUACUGGGGCAGUUCCAACUGGUUGGAAUUCCUCCUGCCCCUCGUGGUGUACCACAGGUGGAAGUGACCUUUGACAUUGAUGCCAAUGGUAUUGUGAAUGUAUCUGCCAGAGACAAAGGAACAGGCAGAGAACAACAAAUUGUCAUCCAGUCAUCUGGAGGACUGAGCAAAGAUGAAAUUGAAAACAUGGUGAGAGAGGCAGAGAAACAUGCUGAUGCUGACAGACAACGGAAGGAUCUAACAGAGGCAGUGAACCAGGCUGAAGGAAUCAUCCAUGAUACAGAAACGAAAAUGGAAGAAUUCAAAGAUCAGCUGCCAAGUGAUGAGACUGAUAAGCUGAAAGAAGAGAUAAACAAAGUGCGUGAGGUGCUGGCGAGAAAAGACAGUGAAACAGCCGAGUCCAUUCGACAAGCCUACAGUGAAUUGCAACAGAAGUCACUCAAACUGUUUGAAAUGGCAUACAAGAAGAUGGCCUCCGAGAGGGAAGGUGGAGCCUCGUCUUCAGGUAGCGAACAAACCGCAGGCACUGGUGAAGAGGAGGAGAAGAAGAAAGAAGAAAACUAAAUUAUUCGAAUUAGUUCAAUCCACGAUCUCUGCCUUCCAAGAAUUGCUACUAAAACAUAAUUGAUAAUCCCAUUGGAUUCUUGAGUGGCUAGAGAUCAUGGGCCACUUGAAAUAUGACAUCAUACCAAGAAGGGACUUGUUUCAAGCGAAGAUUUUGUGUCAGGAAUAUUGAUAACAUGAUGACAUUUGGCGAUCAUCUUGCUUUUAAUACAUUUGCGUGUUCAUUUUAAAAAAUGGGGUGUUGUGGCAAUGUUGCGCAUUGUAUUCACACGCACUCUGCUUAGUAGAUGGCGAAGUUACUGAACGUAAGAGUACCAGGUUUUGUACGUAAGUGUUUGUUGCAUUCAUUCAGUGAAUCAGUAAUAAUUUGUAAGAGUCAAGAAAGGGUGAUUUAAGAUCAUCUUCUCUUGUCAGAACUUAAAUGCUGUAUUGUUGUGUUGGUGUUCAUGUACCUAAGUAGAAGACCUUCUCUUAGACAACUGGUGCGAUGGAAAACUGGAAGUUCCCCCUGUAAAGUUCCACUCGCACGGAUCUCGCGCGGAUCAAAAAGUGUCACGCAGGCCGAUGAAUAGCGUGAAAGCUUAGUGCGCGCAAGCGAAUCUCGAUUCUUCGAGGGGCUCCUGCAAGAAUGCGCGUCAAUUAAUUCGAGCAUAUUCCAUCCCAUUGUACUUUGCCGGUUUGUUUUGCAUCUCUCCUAAAAGCCGAUAUCAAGGGGCAUUUAUUGUUCAUAGCUCCUCUGCUUUUGUUAAAAAUGGUGUGCAAAGAGAUAGAAAGCCCAUUAUCAUAUCACGCUCGGUGAAUAAAGAAAUACUUGAAUAAA